UUGAUCCAACAAAACGCGGAAUGAUUGAUUGCAUUAUCGCCUCUCAUGUGGAGAGCGUUUUUUUAUGGUGUCAAAUAUGCAUUAUUGUUACAACAUUUUUUGUUUAAUUUUUCAAUUUUUCCAUUUUGUCAAUAUUAAUACAAUGUCAGAAAUAUGUCCUAACACAUUUUUGACAUCACCAACCCGUUCUUUAUAAAAACAUGCUGAGAGAGAAAAAAAACUCAAACUGGGACGCAUUUAAGUAAGUUCUCCGUCGGUUAAUCACCACCGCUAACAAAUCAACCACGUGUUCCGUAAAACGAAGGGUAUGCAUUUUGAUAUGGUUGCUUAUGACCUGCUUCGAUUAUUUACUAUUGUAAGCAGUUUUUUUUUACCUAAGGCUAUUUAGUAUUCGAAACCAAUUUCUUUUCUUACGUAAUGGUUCAAGCUUAUUUAUAGCUCUUCGUGGCAGAUGUUUUAAUUCUGAAAGAAAGACACACAAUCAGAUGACAGUGUUGUUAAAUCAUGUUAUUGCUGACAUGAAUAAAUACGCGUGGACAUCCACAAACAACACAGUCGAACGCACGCCAGUGCAACAUGAGGUUGGAUGAUAUCAGUUGUGUCGUACUUGAAGACUUCUUCGUCAAAUCGCCGCCUCCAGAAAAGUUCGAUCAACUCAAGUCGUGGCACAGGCGCUAUUUUGCGUUAGUGCGUUUGACCCAUGACAAGUUGAAUAACUUAGUCAAAAAGAGUCAACAGAAUAUACGCGGAGAAUUAUUUUUGGUGUACUGGGAGCACAAAACUGACCGCGACAAAGGGAAGAAACCUCUGCGAACAAUCGCAAUCUCGAAGGAUGAUGCGGUAUACAUGCGGGAACAUCCAUUUUUUCCUGCUCAAUACCCACAUGUGUUGGCUAUCUAUACUAAAACAAGACAGUAUUAUUUAUGUGCGUAUUCUGAGACACAAAAAAAACUUUGGUAUGAUUCGCUAACUUAUUUACUACAACUGGAUAGUGAGUUUGGAAUGAUACUUCCGAUCACAGAAACAGAACAAAACGAGGAGGAACCGAUCUACGCCUCACUGUUGGACGUUUUGGACGAUGAUGAGACACGGAGUUGUUCGUCAUGUGAAAGAUUAAACAUGCAUCGGACAUCCGAAAGUUCGUGCUGGAGAGAUUUUCACAGUGUUGGAAAUAAAAAUCGUGAUUCCGGAAUAUCAUCCAUUACAAAUGCUUCAAAAUCAUCUAAUGAGGACGAAAAUAUGGAGAGGGAGCCUCGUUUAGAAAGGAUUCACUCGUUAAUAACAGACGCAGAUGACUCUUCUUCGUGGUCUGAAAACGGGAAUUUAUACGAGCGUAUGGAUGAACUUGUAGUUAAUAAGGCGAUGCUCAAGAGCAGAGGAGAAGAGCGACGUUUUUCCGGAACAGACAUUGCAACGAAAAAAAAAGAGAUACUCGAAAACGAAAAUCUUCGUCGAUAUUCUUCCCCUUUUCUAAAAAUUGCAGAAUCAACAGAAAUGCUGGAUUCCAAUUUUUAUGACAUCCCGACGUCUCCUCGAAAUCUUGCAAAAUCGGUCCCCCGCAGAGGAUAUAAAAAAAUGACUUUCUAUGACAUUACACUUGAGAUACCUAGUAACAGCGUGGUGAAGAUUACCCAGAAUGAGUUGCGAGUUAAGACAAGCGAACGAGAAUGGACUUUAACGAAGGGUUCAGAUUUAAAUUUGUUGUAAUUGAAACAAGAACGAAAUUGUAUAUUAAAUUACAGAGUCAACAAAAUAUUGGACUGUAUCAAGUGAAUCAACCGUCCAAUCAAUUACUUCUCCAUAACGGCAAUAUCGAAUUUGCUACACAUGCGCAGGCGCAUAAAUAAAUUUUACAAUGUAUACACGCUUCAGAAUUUUUUUUUGGGAUAUUUGCAAAUAUUUGUAAUUUAAAAAUAUGUGUAAUUUAUUUACCGAUUGCGGAUUUUAUACUAUAUUGUUUACUGUUUAGUAUGUCUGAA